AGAAAUAGUAUUUUGUCUGAAAAGGUAAUGAAUGAACCAACGACAAAACGUUCAAAGCAUAGUGAAGAUUCGAAAGACAAAGCCUUGCAACAACUGUACUGGCUCCAUCCUGAUCUUAAUGGCCAAACAUGGAUAAAGACACUCAGUAGCAAACGUUUUUUUAAGGGCAAAAAAUCAGCCUUAGCCACUAUUUUUUUGAAGCCCAAUUGCAAUGAAACAAAUAUUGGGCAAAUAUUAAAAGGAAAAGAUUAUACACCUUAUUUUAAAAAUUUUGAGAUCGUUACAUUACUCUCUAUCAAAGAUAUUUUAAAAACAAUGAUAUAUGAUGAUGUGGAAUUGACAGGUAUAAAUUUAACGGAAGGGGAAGGAUUCUUGUACCUUGUUUUCUUUGAAACAAAUAUGAAAAAUGAACUAUAUAUCAAGAAAGCAUCUUAUAGAUGCCGGGAACCUAUUAAGUGCACUAUUUUUGUUAAUGGUUUGGAAGACAAUAUACCAAAGGCAAGAUUUGAACAAGCAACUUAUUUACAAGGUGACCACAUGUACUCGAAUUUCAUAGGCCCAGUAAAUGAACAUGAGAUAAUUGCUAAUUUAGAAAAUAAAGGACUUGAUAAUGAAGCUUAUCGCAGGAUUGACUGUACUCUUCUUGCCUUAGCUGGCAACAUAUGUGCCAAUUCUAAAAUUGUUCAAAAAGCUCAAAAAACAAUCCGAAUACAGAAAGAGUUAGUUGAAAGUCUUCGUAACCGUUUAAAACUAAAAUUUGAAGCAGAAGAAGAACAAGUAUCAGAGCCAUUAAUAAGCAUUGUUCACAAUGUUGUUGAUGAAGUUCUAAACGAAAAACAUGAAAAUAUAUCAAAUGUCAUUUUAAAAGAACUUGUCCAUGUGCAAAGUAAAAAACCAAAAGGAAAGCCCUUCUGCAUACAAGCAAUGAAGUCGGUCAUUCAGAUGCCAUCAUUAUCAACACUCAAAAGCUACAUUAAUGAAACUGAACAACAUACAGGUUGGCAAGAUAAAGUAGUAAAGAGAAUAGUGGCUAAUAUGGAGGCCAAUAAUGUUUGGGGCUAUGCACGCCUUGGUUUCUUUUCGCAUGAUUUAUUUAAAAUUCAAAAAGGACUUCUUUGGAGUCAACGUGACAAUAGAUACGUCGGAUAUGUUGACUUUGACAAUGAGAAUGCUGAAUUUGAAGCAUUUGGUGAACAAUGUUUCUACAAAAUUCAAGGCUCAGAAUGUACGAAUAAUCAUAUUAAGCAUAAAGAAGCAGCAGAAAAAAAAGACCAGGAGCGGACUUUAGCAACCCAAAUUCAUCAAAUCGUAUGGCAUUCAGUAUCCCACUCCUUUAAUUUUCCAAUAGCUUAUUUUGGUGUUGAAACAAUAAGUGUUCAUACCCUUAAUACAAUUCUUUUUAACCUGGCUGCUAAGCUUGAAUGUGUUGCAAUUCAUACAUGUGGUUCUGUGAAAACUGAAGACACAUUAAGAGCUUUGAUUGGUUUGCAACAACUUGGAAGCCUUACGAUUCCAAUGCCAAAAAAAAUUAUUUGGAAUGUUGGUGAUCAAUAUAAAGUUCGAAAUACACAUAGUAAUAAAUGGUAUCCUGGUAAAGUGCUUACUGAAAUCUCAGUAGAUAAUUAUUUGGAUAUCGAAGUUAUGAUUGAAACUACUGAAAAAGUCGAAUUGUAUAAAUGGAGGUCUCUACUUCAUGAUAUUCGUCCGGCAUAUGAUGAAAAUGAACAUUGUGUAUCACACAUUGCUAUUAAUCCUGUAACUGGUAAUAAAUGGUUUUUCCUAAACGAUCCAACCCAUGUUUUUAAAAAGUUGAGAAAUAAUGUUUCUAAAAGUCAUACUAGUAAUGAUGGAACAAAAAUCAAAAUGAGAGUGGACCUUGCGAAACAUACACUGUCAUUCGAUGUCAAAAAAGCAAUAGCAAAUAUUCCAGAGUUAAAUCACAUUUCCCAAGGCACUCAGUUAUUUAUUCACUAUGCACGUAUGUAUCGAGAUAUUACACAUAGUCGAAUAUGUAUUUCUUCUCUUGAAGAUCCACGUUUGAACACCUUGAAGGAAAUAAAACAAUGGUUCAUUCAAGGUAAUAAACAAAAGAAAGAUUCAAGUCAAUGGUUUUCCACGCAAUACCAGUUUGAUUUGAUUUUAUCAAUAAAUAGAUUUCUUGAAAUCGUAGAAUAUGUACUUACUAAUUGGCCAGGUGCUAUAAUUCAACCAAGAAGACUAUCUCAGGAUAUGCUUGAAGGUUUAUUCGGAUCAAUUAGAGAAAUGGCUGGUGACUCUUCCACACAUACGGUUCAAUCCUACGGAUAUGCAAUGAACAAGUUAAUAAUUACAAUGCAAAUGACAUCAGAAAUACAAAGCUUGAAUUAUGGUUUAGCUAAUGGUUCAGGCUGUGUGCUUGCUGAUUUAAAACGAAGAGAUUAUCGAACAACUGUAAAACCUAACGAGCAGAAUUUAGAAGCAUAUAAUCGCUAUAAAAUCCAAAUUGAAAUGCUCUCUACUUUCAGCUACCAAAUAUUUCAAGAACUUCUUAAUGAUGAUCUGUUGUUAUAUAAGGAUGGCAUAGAGAACCUUUUGGUAACUUGGUCUAAAAAUAUUCAUCAAAUGGCAUUAGAUUCAGUUCCACAAAAAAAAUAUAUCUAUUGGCUUACAAUAUGGUCAACAAAUCUGGAAAGUCGAUUAAAUAAUUACAAGUGUGCGGGUGAUUGGUUUAACGACUUUCAAUGGUUGGCCCCGGAUGAUAUUAAAGUAGAAACCCAACGAUUGAUAGCCUAUAUAUUACUUGAAAAAAUUAUAAGAAUCACAUUUAGACAAAUUAUACCUGGAAAAAUUAUUGACCUGGAACCUGCCGAGGUAUCAAAAUUUCAGUAUAUUAUCAGAUGGACUAUCUACAAAUUAACAAAAAGUGAUAGAUUAACAUUAGCACAUGAAGAAUUUGCAAAAAUCAAAUCAUGUUUAAAUGUUCUUAGCUCUGAGCAAGUAGAAUACAUAUGUGAUACUCGUUCAAAGAUGACAAUAGUUAUUCCAGGAGCUGAUUUUAUUCAAUUCAUGUAUUAUUUAGAGUCACUCAUUUUUCAGCUAUUUGAAAAACACAUAGAGUAUGGGCCAGAUAUUCUAAUUUACAUCAAUAAUAAUCUUGUAAGCAAUCGACCUUUAAAGAAGCAGUUUAAUGACCUUUUGCAAAUAGCAUACGAAUUUUAUUGUAAUGCUGAAUAUAAAAAUAAAGAAUUAUUUCCAGAAUUCAUACAUAACAGUAUUCAAUUAUCACAAGAAGCUGAAGACUAUCUAUUGGUGCAAAAAGGUUCAUCUUGUUUACGAGAAAAUGUCAAGGCAAUGGGUGUAAAUUUAAAAAAUAAUGCAAAAAAAGAUGAUCAACCAAAAACGAAACUUGUUAUAUUUAAGAAAAGGAUGCUACCAGAAAAUCUUGAGUUAGCACUUGGUCAGCUUAAGAUUUGGGCUUGA